AUGGUUUUAUAUGCUUCGUUUGUUUAUGGCAUUCUCUACUUGUGCCUGGCUGCGAUUCCUGUCCAAUUUGCAUUGGCUAGAGGUUAUGGACCCGUAACUUCAGAACUUCCAUUUCUUGCACUUCUCCUGGGUACAAUCUUCGGUGGCACUGCAAACAUUCUCAACAACAAGUUCUAUACCCGCAAGUUUGAAGCAAAUGAUAACCAACCCGUCCCCGAAGCUCGCCUCCCUCCCAUGAUGAUCGGCAGUAUAUUCUUCGCAGCAGGCCUCUUCAUCUUCGGCUGGACAUCCGCCCCAAGCAUCCAUUGGGUAGCUCCAUGCAUUGGCCUCAUAUUCAUGGGAUUUGGCUUCUUUACCAUUUUCCAAUCUGCGCUCAACUACCUCAUCGACACUUUCUCCUCAUGUGCAGCAAGUGCGGUUGCAGCCCAAACAUUUGUACGAGCCAUCUUUGCUGCCUUGUUUCCCCUGCUUGUUACUCCCAUGUUUCAGGGCUUGGGUAUUGAGUGGGGAAGCAGUGUGCUGGGUUUCGUAGCAACUGCGCUUAUACCCAUUCCGUUCUUGUUUUAUGUUUAUGGCAAGAGGAUUAGAAUGAAGGGUAAAUUCACCACCAAGUAG